AUGAAUAUUUUUGCAUCUUCUUCAUCACGUUGUCUCCGAGUCGCUUUUUGUCAAUAUAACAUUCAACUGAAACAAGUGAAACAGAAUCAACAAAAAGUUACGGAAAUGUUGGGUCGUUAUAUUUCAAAAAAGAUGAACAAGAAUGAUUCAGUAGAUCCGAUCAUCUCUCCAUCUUCCAAGUGUUUUGAUAUUUUAAUCUUUCCCGAAAUGAGUUUUACUGGAUAUUUAUUUGAAAAUAGAAAAGAUGUAUUUCCUUAUUGUGAGGAGAAGGGAAAGGGAUCUUGCUAUGAGUUUUGUUGGGAUUUGGCUCGGAAAUAUCAUUGUGCUGUUGUGUGUGGUUAUCCCGAAAAGGAACCAAUCGUGAAUGAUCAUGGCUCUUCCUUGGAUCAUCAUGAUCUUGCGGAUGAUGAGAGCAUUGGAAAUCAUUACAAAUUAUUUAAUUCCAUGUAUAUCGUCUCUCCGGAUGGUUCUUUUGUCAAUUAUAGAAAACAUUUUCUGUAUUGUGAAGAUUUGAAAUGGGCCAACGAAGGAGAAGGAUUUAAAACGUUUGAUUUUUCGCUAACUGAAAAGAAAGUACAAGUUGUAAAUAAUACUGAGCUCAACUCGACUUUUCAACAUGUUCGUAUUGGACUUGGAAUUUGUAUGGACAUUAAUAAUGGAACAAAUUUCUCGAGUGAUUUUAAAAAUAAGGAACUUGGUACUUUUCAUAAGGAACAAGGCACAGAAGUGUUGUUAUUCAUUGCAAAUUGGUUAGCCUCAUCAGAGGAGCCUGAAAACUGCUUGUCACUUCAAACGUAUUGGUUGAAUCGAUUAAGUCCAAUGCUCUCGGAAACUAUGCCAGUUCCUUAUUUUGUGUGUUGCAAUAGAAUUGGAAAGGAGAAGGAAACACUGUUCGCUGGAGCGAGCUGUGUGAUUGCAAUGUCAAAAGAGAGUCCAUUUUUGUUAAAAUCUGCAGCACAUGAUAACGAAUGCAUCAAGAUGGUGGAAUUGUGGCUGUAA